AUGGAGGUCUUCGCCGUGCACAUGGAGGAGUGGAUGGCCAGCGUCGCCGCGAGUCUCAGCCGCGGAGCGGCGGAGUUCGCGGCCUGGCCUGGGGAGGAGGCGUUCGUGGCAGCCAUGCAGAGGGAGGCCGCCAAAGCUGACGAUGCCCGAUCGGCGCUGGCGUGGUACCGCGCCGGCGGCAGCUCGCUGGCCCCUGCUGGAGGUGGAGGUGGAGCAGGCCAGGCUGCCCCUGCCCGCGCAAGCUUAUGA